AUGCGACUGAACUCAAAUUCAUCACCGCCUGCUCGAAGUAUGAGCAUCUGGCCAUCCAACGAACAGCUAGUAACCCCAGAUGAGAAACUCGUUGGGCUGGCGAACAGACUGGGCAGACGACCCGGGCGACGGGCGUCACACACAUACCAUCUUCCCAUCGCCGCGGCGGUCCUUCAUCAUCUGCGAGUCCGGCACAAGAUCACCAAUUUCCAUUUGCCAAGCGCUGGGAUCUGUGCUCGGGCCCAUCGUGGAAUCACUGUGGCCAGUUUGUACAGCGAUGUCAGGAAAGAGAUCUAUGAGCUAUGCAAGAAGUCUCCACAAUUGCGCAUUCCCGGCUCUUCCCGGCCCGGUAUGCAACCUCCACCUAUUUUCAUCAUAUCCCCUCGAGUAAUCGUCAAAACGGGUUGGUACACGCUCGGGGAGUUCGAACCUCGCGCGAUGGAGAUCGUUCGCGCUCAGACGUCGAUCCCCGUCCCCAGACCAUUGCGCAUCUUCAAACGUGGCAACACGUUCUUGCUGGCUAUGGAAUACAUCAAAGGACGCUCGCUCGACUGGUGCUGGGACGACCUCAGCCUCUGGCGGAAGUUCGUCAUCGCAUGGAUGCUCCGUGGCUAUAUCCGCCAGCUCAGACGCGUACGGACAGAGCAGAUCGAACGCCAAAUUCCCGGGCCGCUCACGGAUGAUCUCUCAAAGCCGCUGAAAUGUUAUGGCCCCGCAAUGGGUGCCGACUAUCAUUGCGGCCCCUUCUCAUCCGCCACAGCGCUGUUCGAAUGGCUCAAUGGACGCUUGCGAGUCACGCAAUACAUCAGGGAGUGGGGCUUCGAUAUCCUGCCGUUCGUGCAGAGAGAGCCGCUGGUCCUCGUUCAUGGGGACCUGACUCCACGAAAUGUCGUGCUGGGUCAUGACGGGAAGCUAUGGCUGAUUGACUGGGGCAGCUCGGGAGUUUAUCCUCCCUGGUUUGAGGCUGCUGCCAUGCUCUACACCCAACCUCAGCCGAGUUGGUGGCUAUGGGUGCGGAGGCACCUCUGUGGAGAUCUCCUCAGUCAACCCCCUAUAAGUGCACCAUCCUCCAAGGUCACAAGCAGACACUUAGAUGCUGUUGCUAGUCUCAUUGGCAAGGGUAAAGGAAAGAUGGUGUGUUCGGAGCACCUCACCUCCGUCAAUCUGAACAUUGAUGCGGACAAUGUCACAACUUGGUACGGCGUCUAG